GGUUGUCAUUUCUAUUUGACGUCUGUGGACACAAUACCACUCACUUUAUUUACAUCUCCAAUGUGUUUAUGUAUAUUUAAUUUUAUAGGUUAACUUUAAUUAAUAAUAGUCGCAAGAAGAGAUAUAUGUCCCACACAUUGUCUUUGGACUGAAAGUAUAAAUACUUAUUCAAUUAAUUAAUAGAUUGCGAAAUAUCUAUAAUGGUUUCAACAACGCAGCCAAAGUAUCAAAUUAUUGAGCUAGAUCCUGACACAAAUACAAAACUGAAGUUGUAUCUAUUCAAAAAUGUUCAGAAUGUGGAGAUGAUUAGAGAUAAUAUCAUCCAUGGUGUUUGGAAGUGUACAGGCAUCAAGCCUGGUUUAAUAAUUGAUCCAUUCCAAGUAGCAGUUGCAGCUAACAAGGCUGUAUUGGAUGAGAAGCGAGAUGCAAUGGUCACUCGAUCUGUCUACACUGAGAUACUGUAUAACUUGUCUGCCACUAAAAACAUUUCCCAGAGUUUACUCAAGUUUGGCAUUCAUAAAGAUAUGCACAUAUUAUUUUGCUUUUUAGUCACCGAAGACCAAGAUACCAGUAGUGAGAUUAUACCAAAGAUAGAAGGAGAGAUGUGUUCUAUGAAGGAUUUAUCCAAGUUUACAAGUUUUGAAGAAACAAAACAUGUCUAUAAGCUAAAUCAUCUAAAGGGCAAUGAAAGGUUACUAGAUUUAAUUGUAAGCAAGAUGGCUACAAAAGCUUUUGUUACUCAUUAAGUGGAAAUGUAUCUCUUCUAAUCUACAUUUUCUUAUUACAAGAGAAUAAACUGAUUCUGUCAUCUAUUCAGUACUACCGGUCGCCCGCGGCUUCGCUCGCGUGGAAUAACGCUGAAAAGCAUAAUUGUACCUACUAUUUUACUUUUAAGCCCUCAAAAACAUAUUGUGUGCACACUUGAUAACAAUUGGUUCAGUAUUUUUAGUGUAAAAGUGUGACAUACUAACUUACAUACACUUAUAUAUUAAUAGGAUAAGAUUACAUUUUUUUAUGUGGACUGGCUGUUUGAAACUGUAUUAAUUGUUCACCUUCUUUAAAAGGUAAUCUGUAAAAUUUGAAAUACCAAAAUAAAAGACAAAACUUUUAA